UCUUACAGUUAAUUAGCACCGCCAUGAAGGCCUACACUCUAGCACUAACAGUUCUUACUCUUCUACUUUCACUACUCCUGUCUUCUUGGGGUAAUACAGCUCAAGCAGAAGCUCGACCAAUUCGACACCCUCAAUCGUGGCCAGUGUCAGGGAAGGCUUCAUCUUCUCAAGCUCUUGGAGAUUUGCAAGCUGACAAGAACAUUCCUCGUACACAGGUUGAUUCCAGCUUUCGGAGAAUACCUCCAAGCACUUCAAAUCCUAUACAGAACAAGUCCAACCCUCCAUUACAAGGAGAAAGAAGUAGAAGACAACAGAUACCAAGACCUGUAAAACAUUAACCUUUUUUUUCUGUUUAAAGAAUUUCUUUGUUUCAUUGUCUGCUAAUGUAGAGUUAUAGCUCAGGAGCAAC